UGUGGUAUGCAGCCUGCCACGAUAGCUCGUUCUUACUGUCUCUCUUUUGCACUGCCAGUGUUUUGUUUUCUUUCACUUUUCUUCUCUCCGGUUCUUUCACAAUACGGUUUUGUAGAAUUGCCGGACUCGACCGUUUCAUUAUGGCUACUUCCGAGGAAGAACGCUUCGUCAAUCUUCACGGUGAUCUCGACCUUAAGAUCAUCAAGGCUCGACGCUUGCCGAAUAUGGACAUAGUGUCCCAACACCUGCGCCGUUGUUUCACAGUCUGUCACGUUAGCAAAAGUUCGCCACGGUCUGAGAACCGCGGUUCGGCGGCCGAAGAUGUGGAAGACGGAAUCGAAGACCGUAAUAUUCACCACCACGGUAAGAUUAGCACCAGCGACCCUUAUGUUACCGUGGUGGUGCCGCAUGCCACCGUGGCGCGCACACGUGUCAUUAGGAACUCGCAGAAUCCAGUAUGGAACGAGCACUUCUUUAUUCACUUGGCUCACCCUGUAAUUGACCUCGAGUUUCAUGUUAAAGACAAAGAUCUCUUUGGAGCCGAGAUUAUUGGGAAGACGAAAAUCCCUGCACGUAAAAUCGCCACUGGCGAGUUCAUCUCGGGGUGGUUCCCUAUCGUCGGCUCCAACGGUAGGACGCCUAAGGAAGGCACAGCCUUGUCACUUGAAAUGAAAUUCAUGCCUUGUGAAAAAAUUCCACUGUACCGCUACGGCAUUGCGGGUGAUCCUGAGCAGGGAGGAGUUCGAAACACUUAUUUUCCGUUACGAAAGGGACAUCAAGUGACGUUGUACCAAGACGCUCACGUGAAGGAGGGGUUCUUGCCUCACAUUAAGCUUGACGGAGGUCAGGUUUAUAAGCAGGGCACGUGCUGGGAGGACAUUUGUCAUGCCAUUUCAGAGGCUCACCAUUUGGUGUACAUUGUUGGAUGGUCUGUGUUUGAGAAGAUUAAGCUUAUUAGAGAGCCGACGCGGCCGUUGCCUCGAGGUGGUGAUUUGACACUCGGUGAGUUGCUCAAGUAUAAAUCGGAGGAAGGUGUGAGAGUUCUGUUGUUGAUUUGGGAUGAUAAGACCUCCCAUGACAAGUUUGGAGUGAAAACGGCAGGCGUGAUGACAACGCACGAUGAAGAAACAAAAAAGUUUUUCAAGCAUUCAUCUGUGAAUUGUGUGCUGGCACCACGUUAUGCUAGUAGUAAGCUUAGCAUUAUCAACCAACAGAUUGUUGGUACCAUUUUUACACACCAUCAGAAAUGUGUUAUUGUUGACACGCAAGCCUUUGGUAACAACCGGAAGAUAACAUCAUUUAUAGGAGGUAUUGAUCUCUGUGAUGGUCGCUAUGACACCCCUGACCAUCGUCUCUUUCAUGAUCUCGAAACUGUGUUCAAGGAUGAUUUUCAUAAUCCUACAUAUCCUGCUGGAACCAAGGCUCCAAGACAGCCAUGGCAUGAUUUGCACUGCAGAAUUGAUGGGCCUGCCGCAUAUGAUGUUCUCAUAAACUUUGAGCAGCGUUGGAGGAAAGCAACACGGUGGACAGAAUUCACUCUAAAGUGCAAAAAGGUUUCUCGUUGGCAUGAUGAUUCUCUGAUUAAGAUAGGGCGCAUCUCAUGGAUACUAAGUCCUCCCUUGUCUGUUGCAAAUGAUGGAACUACAGUAGUUCCAAUGGAUGAUCGCCUAGUACAGGUUUCCAAUGAAGAAAAUCCUGAAACCUGGAAUGCUCAGAUUUUCCGGUCCAUUGAUUCAGGAUCAGUGAAAGGAUUUCCAAGGCAUGUUGGUGCGGCUAGGAACCAGAACCUUAUCUGUGCAAAAGAUGUGGUAAUAGAUAGGAGCAUUCAAACAGCAUACAUUGAAGCAAUCAGAUCUGCUCAGCAUUUCAUAUAUAUCGAAAAUCAAUAUUUUCUCGGAUCAUCUUAUGCAUGGCCAUCAUAUAAAAAUGCAGGAGCUGAUAACCUUAUACCAAUGGAGUUGGCACUAAAGAUUGCAAGUAAAAUUAGAGCUAAUGAGAGAUUUGCAGUGUACGUUAUCAUACCUAUGUGGCCUGAGGGUGAUCCAAAGACUAAUACUGUGCAAGAAAUUCUGUAUUGGCAGAGCCAGACAAUGCAGAUGAUGUAUAAUGUUGUUGCACGGGCACUGAAAGAUAUGCAGAUGAAUGCACACCCGCAAGAUUACCUCAAUUUUUAUUGCCUUGGUAACAGGGAAGAAAUCCUGGAUUCAUCCACCAAUAGGGGUCAAACGGUGUCUGGAUCACAAAUAUAUCAGCGGUUUAUGAUCUAUGUGCAUGCUAAGGGAAUGAUAGUAGAUGAUGAAUAUGUGAUAGUGGGAUCUGCCAAUAUUAAUCAAAGAUCAAUGGCUGGAACUAAAGACACUGAAAUAGCCAUGGGUGCAUAUCAGCCGCAUCACGCUUGGGCAAAAAACAACAGGCAUCCACGUGGUCAGAUCUAUGGAUACAGGAAAUCGCUAUGGGCAGAGCAUCUUGGUGAGCUAGAGGCUUGCUUUGAGGAGCCUGAAAGUUUGGAAUGUGUAAGGACAGUAAACCAGAUCGCGGGAGACAACUGGGCCAGAUUCACCAAUGAAAAAUUCAUGCAACUUCAGGGCCACCUUCUAAAGUAUCCUCUUAAGGUAGAGGCUGAUGGAAAAUUAAGCCCCCUAACUGGACAUGAGAGUUUUCCAGAUACUGGUGGUAAAGUAAUUGGAACUCAUUCCCUGUUGUUGACUGAUAUGUUGACCACAUAAUCAACUCCCACUUUUCUGUCUGAUGAAACAUUGGAAGAACAUCUGAAAAAGAAUAUUUGUGUUUUCGGGUUCUUAUUUUGUCGAAUGAAUGUAGCAGUUUUGGGUUGUGAUCUUUUAAUUUCUUAUAUUUUUACAUCAGUGGCUGAAUUUGGGCGUGUAAAUCUAUGACAGUUUGUAAAUUUGUGUUAGAUGUGGGUGAAUUCUGGGUACACAGCAUUUGUGUUUAUUGGCCUGUAUUAGUAACGUUUGCUGUCUCA